AUGUUAAGAACAUUUAAGUUUUGCACAGAAUUCACGACCACUCAAUUCCUUAAACUGAGCAACCUCUAAUUGAGUGUAACAAUAAUAAAUGAUAAAUUAAAAGGCAUUGAAUGACAAGAUUGAGAAUUUCGAGAAUGUAGAAACCUCAUUUUCAGAUGGAGUACUCAACAUACAUCUGCCAAAUGGGAAAUCCUUUGUGAUUAACAGACAGACUCCCAACAAAUAGUUGUGGUACUCAUCUCCGAUCAGCGGUCCUCAGAGAUUCAAUUAUGUCAAUGGGAAAUGGGUCAACUCAAAACAGGAAGAAAUAGAGAAGUAGUUAUUAAAUGAAAUUAAUUUAUUAAUAUAAUGA